UCUUGGAGUGUGUGUCACUUAACUUAAGGAAUAUCAAUUAUUUCCAGCUUAAAAUCUCUGCAAUGUUUACAAGCGAAAAAAUGACACAAGAUCAGGAACAGCAAGUUAAAAUCUUGAAGAGAGUACUAGAGGGUUGGCGUAUGGUUCUUCUACCGCUAAAAUCCAUUUUUCUUUGGGAACAGCAAUGGCAUCCUUGCGCUAUUUUUGCUUCUAUUUCAUUAAUUUAUUUAGUAAUAUGGCUAUUGGAUCUUAAUUUUCUAGCAACAAUGGCAAUUAUUGGCUUAUUUAUCAAUUCCGUUGAUUUUCUUGUGCCUAUUAUAUGUAACUCCAUUUACACUCCAAGCUACUGGGAUGGGCAAAAGGAAAAAAUGUUUGAAGAUAUUUGUAGAAGCUUAGUUAACUACUAUAACAAAAUGUUGCAAAAUAUCUACACCUUCUAUUCCCUGCGAGAGACUAGUCCCUGUGUGUACUUUAUUAUAUCCAUCAGUACGUCUUUGACAUUGGCAUGGAUUGCAUCAUCAAUCAACAAUAUAUUCUUAAUUUAUAUCCUUUCUACUGUGAUGUUGCUGUGGCCGGGCAUUCAGCACAGUGGAAUCUUUAACACCAUGUUAUCCAUGCUCCAUUUAGCACCCAAGAAUUCAACAUUAAAAACUGAAUAAUUCAGACACAUUGUUAGCAAGCUUUUUGUAAUGUGAUAUUCAGCAUCUGGUCAUUAUCAUUUUAAUUUUAAGCUUAGCAUAUGCAGUUUAAGCUUUAAUUAUGCGGUAAAAUUUAAAGUUAAAAGAAAUUU